CGGCCCGUGGCGGUGUCGCCCGCAUGAAGCGGCACCUCGUCCUGAAGCUCGAGUCCACGUACUCGCGGCGACCGCACUUGCUCGAGUCCUUUGAGGCGCCGCCCAUCUCGGAUGCCAAUGUGCUGCUUUCGCCCCGGACUGUCCAGCGCCAAUUGGCCGAGCUCGCGGGGCUUCGUCAGCGCGUCUCGGCACUCGAAGAACUCCUCUCGAGCCAGGAAGUCGGACCUGCGAAGAGCCUUCCGCAGCUCAACCCUCUCUCCGCGCAGCCCGUGCUCCAUGCGAGCCAGUCGACCACGGACCUGCCGCCGAAAAUGGCGGCGAGUGUAUCGCGCACAACGACGGCGCCGGCGCUCUUCCCGCUCUUCCCGGUCGAGACCAAGCCCGAGGCGGCACCGCCCGAUCCUGUCGCUCCCGGCAUAGACCCGGCGCACCACAUUUUUGCGGAUUCUCGGGCGCCCGACGGUAUCACGACCAAGUUUAUGACAGACCAGGACGGCACGAUGACCGUCGUGACGUCACAUCGCGCGCAGCUCUACGCGACGAUCCAAGCCAUCACCAAGCGCAUUCUACUCAAGGACGAGCAGAUCUUUCGAUUGAAGAAAAUGGUCGAUGCCGAGUUUGGCGAUGUGAUCCAAGUCCUCCAAGAGCUCGAGCACGAGCUGGACCCGGUCGUGCUUGAAGCACGCAUUCUCCAUUUGCUCCAAACGGGCUCGCCUUCCAAGUUUAUGAUGGCGGCGCCACCGUCGUUCGACGCAUCAGAAGUGCCGUACCCACUGGCCAAGAUCGCGCAGGCACUCGCGGGCAUCGCCAAAGACCAAGAAGUCGUCGUCCUCGUCUCCAGCGGCGCGUACAACCCCGUGCACAUGCUCCACUUGCGCGCGUUUUACGUCGCCCGCCAACACAUUGAGAGCAACUACAAGUUUCCGGUCGUCGGCGCCAUCAUCUCGCCGUGCCACGACACCUACGUGCGCACCAAGAACCGUCGCAAGCCGCGCGAAAUGAUCCCAAAGUCCCACCGGUUGGGGAUGCUCGAAGCUGCGACGGCCACGUCGUCGUGGAUCGAAGUCGACAAGUGGGAGAUUACACGGCGCCGCGUGCUCGACUACCUCAGCACCCUUACGCACGUGCGCGAGAUCUGCGAAGCCCAGUUUCCAGAGUACAAGUUUCGCGUCUUGUACGUCUGCGGCGUGAACACGAUCGUCAAGCUAAGCCACACGGCACUCCGUGACGAAGGCUUUGGCUGCAUCGCCGUGUGCCGCCCCAACCAAACCGCAAUGCUCAUGAAGCAUCUCGGCGCCAAGUGGACCAAGACGGCGAUCGUUGUCGAGGACAUGGGCGUCUUGACGUGUGAGCUCGAGCGCGCCACGUCGUUCCGCGUCCGCAAGUCGCUCAUACAGAACGAAGCGUGUGCGUCGAUGGUGGGCAAGCACGUGAGCGACUACUUGGUCCAGCAUCGCAUUGGCGACAAGAUCGCGGGGCGCGAGCCGUGGACUGCCGAGGACCGUCUCUGGCGACCCAAAGACCUCCCGUACGUCGAGUACAUUGAUAUGGAGAUCCAGGCUGGUCGGUCGCACUAAGAUCUACGACUAAGAAUCCAUCGGUCCAG